UUGAGACGUUUUGGAUGAAUGACCAAGAGCCAUGCAUAGAUGAUCUAAAUGGAGGACAAAUCCACUGUUGAACACCAACUUGACUGAAUGCACCUUCAUGGCAGGUUGACAAACUAAACCCACACAGAUAGUUGCUCUUUUUAUCCUUCCAGCCUUGACACUAACCAUUGUCUCCAGUCACGAGAAGGGAAUACAUCAAAUAGGUGCGUGACAGUAUUAUGUAAGGGUGGUUGGGGCCUAUUACAGCAACUCUCCCGUUGCUAAGCUUGUCUCAAGGAUACUGCGCAAACAGUGGGAGAGACCUGCUGGAAGACCAUUCCCACUCUGAGCAGGCAUGGGGAAUGAACAGGCUUUUUACAUUCACGUUGAUUAUUUAUCAUGAAUGCCUCGUUGAAGCGCAGUUCUUGUUCCAGCGGAGUCUACAUGCUACACAUGCUACACGCCUGUGAGGAGCUUCAAAGCGGACAAGUCGUCACCUGCUGCGGCGAGCAUCAAGUGGAAUGGCUUGACUGCCUUUAAAGCAAGAGGACACUGAGCGGCAAAUCUCAGGAAUGAAUUUGACCAAUGUUGCCCGGUGCCAAGAAAUCAAUCCAGACAUGGAGUACGACUGCGUGUGAAAUCUCUCCUGUGCUUGACACAAAGUGCUCCAAGGGAUGAAGAAGAACAUGUUGAUGUUGGCGCACAGGGACUGGCCUUCCAGGUCUUGUUUUCAUGUUUUCUGACAAAACUGGGCAUUUGGGCAACUUUCGAUGUGCUCUGGAAAAUGUUUGUAAAAUGGCAAGCUUGAGUGCUUUUGCACAUUUGUUAUCAAUGAUGAGACCUCUUGAAUGAAGGAGUGAGCAGUAGAUGUGCUUUACUCAUUUCUAUCAUUACGAGAGGGGAGAGCAGGCCGUCGUUGCGAUUCCCCUGACGCUAUGUGAACGCCCCCCCCCCCCCUUCUUAACAUUAACAGGCUCUCAGAUUAAUGAGCUCAUUGACUUUAAUUGGGAAGGCACGGAGAUGACAGGACAGGACGUAAACCGCAGCGAACUCGGACAAAGCAACAGGCAAGAGGAGGCUGUGAUUAAGGUUCUGGUGCCCAUUCUGGAUGGUCUAAUCCUGGUGACUGGCCUGGUAGGACAAAUCCUGGUCAUCAGCACCCUAACAGGGCGGAGGCGGAAAGACCGCCACCCGCCACACGGUACCGACACCCUGCUGCUGGCCCUGAGCGCGGCUGACUUGCUCCUGUUGCUUUGCCUGCCCUUCCACACGUCGGCCAUCACGUUGGGAUGCUGGCCUUUCGGAAGCUUCCUGUGCAAAUGGGUCAGCUUCCUGGGCGUGGCCUGUUCUUCGGCUUCCGUCUUUACUUUGGCUGCACUGGCUGUGACUCGCUACCUCACAGUGGUGCACCCCACCUGGGCGUACCGCUCCAGGAUGCACCGGCGGCUCAAGGUGACGGUGGUACUUCUGUGGCUUCCCGCCUCGGCCUUGGCGGCGCCUCAGUUUGCCUUCCGCACAGUGACGACAUCCAGGGCGGUGUACUGCUUCGCCUUUCUGUCCGACUUCAGCCAGCUCAUCUACAGCAUCAGCCUCUUCGUCUUUGGCUUUGCCCUACCACUGGGAAUCAUCGUGCUGAUGUACGCAAAGAUCUACUGCUUUCUUCGACACGCGCGAUUGUUUGGAAAUGCCCCUCGUCUGGAGCGCUACCAGAGCCAGGUCACUCACACGUCAGCUCUCUUGGUCCUGGUCUUCACUCUGCUCUGGCUACCCUCCUACGCGCUCAUGUUCUCCUUCAUCGGGGGAAGCAUUCAGGGCUCAAAGGGUUACAACACGAUUGCCAUUUUGGCCAGAUUGCUGGCAUCGUCAGUGGCGGUGGUUAACCCCCUGCUGUAUGGAUUCAUGUCUCAGAAGUUCCGAAGAGAGUUGUUAGAGCUGGGGAGAGAGCGAUGGACCGUUUGCAAAAACUCCCUGAAUGGUUGUCCUCAUAUGAUGAUGGGCGGGGACAUGGUGCGAACCUUUGAGUUGGACGCAAGCUCUGAAACCUAAAACGGACGCAAAUGUUAUUCGUCUCCGAGUUGUGAAAAUGGUUCAUGCAAAUGAAAGCCGUAGGAGGCUAUUGUGACAAAGCUAUUCCAAGCGUGUAUGAUAUUCCAUAUUCCAUGGGUCUAAGAAUUGUGAAGCCGCUCUCAGAUAAGGGAUCCGAUUUUAACACGCAAUUUCAACGGGUAAAAUGUUUUGGAUGGAAAUCGCGUUUGAUUUCAGUCAAUAAUUCUGCAACUUCAACAAAUCUUAAUUUCAUUACAACCUGUAACGUGUUUUGAGUUGCUCAAAAACAUUCAGAUUAUACUCGGAAAGUUAAUGAUUUGAAAAUACAUGU